GCCAGUUCAACAAACAAUCUUCAUCACCUCUUCAUGACUGACGCCUUACGUUUUCAGUACCAACUUGGGGACAGAUAUCUGGAUAUUGGGCUUCUAAACUCUCCUGGAAAGUGAAGAGUCAUGCACCCCAGCAGGGUCUAUCGCAGUGAUGCGCUGUCCGGCUUGGGGUGGCGAUGUGCCAGAUCAAAAGCAUAGAGAACACGCAUCCUAUCCAUUCGUCAUCACUUUCACAGCGACUACUGCAACAGUUCCUCGUGCCGAUCGGAUAACUAGUUAUGGCUUCGGAAUUCGACGAUGAGCACGAUGAGCUCUCAAGCGUUGGUGAUGAGGAAGACGAUGCCAUAAAUGACAUUGUCGCUCAUGUUGUCGAUCAAUUUCUCAUGGAGUUCAGCCGACGACUCGGGAUUCCGCACCCAGAAGACAUGCCGUUGCCUCCUUUCCCCGAAGCCAAGAUACCAGAGACCGAAGAGGACUAUCGAAGAUACGUCUGGCAGUUCAUCGAGCAAAACCUACAGGCCUACUAUCAGCCGGGAGACCCAUACGUGGAGGAAUUGGUGAAGAAUGCAGCUGCCCGAACUAAGAAUCUCACCCAGAAAUACGAGUUGGAACCCGAAGUCACACCAAAAUUGGCCCUCAUGGCCUUGUAUGACUUUGCGAUACUCUGUGAUAACAGCACUUCAAUGAAGAGAGGGAGGGGUAUACGCAUCCAGGCUCUCGAAGAUACUUGCCAAAAUGUCGCUGAAAUUGGCUGCUGUAUUCAGGAACAGGGCGUAUAUCUUCGCUUCCUAAACACUCCAGAGAACGAAACCUUUACCAAACUGACCAGUGAGGGAAUCCGAACCAAGAUGAACACUGUCAAAUAUUCCGGAUUGACUCGACUGGGGACUGUGCUUAGCAGCAAGAUCGUCAAGCCUCUCAUUCUCGAUAAACUCGAAUCUGACCAGCUCGAGAAGCCUCUGAUCACGAUCAUCAUAACUGAUGGAGAUCUUAAGCCCCAAGGUGAAGACGCAUCCUGUCUUGAAGAAAUUGUUCUGGGCUGCAAGAGAAGGCUGGAUGAACACUCCGGGGGUUCCGCGGGCGCUGUAUUCCUCAUCUCACGGGUUGGCAAUGACCCCGGUGCAGAGACAUUUCUCAGUAACCUUAUGAUGAAUAAGAACCUAGAAGAGACCUUGUAUUGCUGUCCAGACCAGCUGGAUGAGCGACGGGAGGUGUUUCGUAAAGCCGGAAAAGAUCGUCAGUACUCUUCAUAUCUGAUAAAGUUGUUCAAAGAUGCGCUGGAAAGCCAGACAGAUAUGUAGCCACAGGAGUUUCGUUUGGGAAUCCAUGAGGACUUCGAAUUUUCGUAUGUGAGCGAGCAUCUUUUAGAUAGUCAACAAUUCAACUUAGGUUUUCACCGCGUAGUGUAUACUACUAGGUAGUCCUUACCUAUUCGAAAG